AUGGCAGAAAACAACGUAAAGGACGAGAGCACACUUCUCGAAGAUGCGUCGACGUUACUGAUGUUUUCUAAAGGAACAGAGGCGCACACUGAGAACUCUGGCGCGGAUUUUAAUAUGGCUGGCCAAGCUCCGACCUCUCGACGACUUUCGACUCCAUUCUCGCCCUCGAAUAAGAAGGAUCUCGAAAAUCAAAAUAUCUCGGGGGCUUCGAACUCCCCAACAGCGUCCAAGCCUUCCUCAUAUUCCCAAGUGAAUCCGCUUGCAUCACCGGGUCCUGCUUCUGCGGUUCUUCUAGACAACAUCGACGAAAAAGUCGAAAGUCACCUCCCGGAGGCCGGGCAUACUCGUAGCAGGAGUUCGUCGUCUUUUUCAGGCUCUGGCAAGGGCAUGGUUGCAGCUGCUGCUCUAGCAGCGGCGGCUACCGUUCCUCUGCCCCUCCGUAGACACUCGGGAGAAAAAGCAAAAAAGCGUCUAGAGUCCCAAAUUGAAGAACAUGGAAAAACUCAAGACGAGCAGUGGCCUGUUCCGCAAUCAUAUAUUGUUGAUCCAGACGCUGGCACCAUUACGUGUAUCUGUGGUUAUGACGAUGAUGACGGUUUCACUAUUCAAUGCGAUCACUGCAACCGAUGGCAGCAUGCAGUUUGUUACGGAAUUAAAGAUAUCGAAACGGCUCCAGACGAUUAUUUGUGCUGUGCAUGCCAUCCGAGAAAACUAGACGUGAAGAGGGCCAAACGAAAACAACAAGAGCGCAAAAAUCCCAAGUCCAAAAGGAAGAGAAAAAGUGUGGACGACGACAGAGUCAGUAGUGCUCGAUCUUCUUCAAAUGAUGUGACUCAAGUGGGUAGCUCUAUCAAAACUGGCGAAAAAGAUGUGAAAUUAGAUGAAACAGUGCAGAAAGUCGACAGUUUCCUGAGUCCUAAAGACGCAUUCCCGAUUGUUUAUUUCCCGUUAUCUUCAAGUGAAUACAAAGACAAAUAUGCUCGAUUGUUUAUUGAAACACACAGCGAUGAUGAUUGGGUUACGCUGUACAACAAGAAGAGUUUUACUCCUUUGCCAAUAGAAGUCAGACCCUAUGCGGAGAGUUCCAGCAGCAAGGGCUUCACGGGAUUUGCGAAGUUAGGAGUUUUUCUACAGAAAGACUGUCGAAAAUCGGAUUUAAUCGAAGAAUUCGUGGGGGAAAUUGAUUUCAAGAAAAAGUAUCUUACUGAUACGAGGAACAAUUAUAGAAUAUGGGGGACUACAAAACCUAAAGUAAUAUGCCACCCCCACUGGCCCAUAUGCAUCGAUGCGAGACUUGCAGGUAACCUGACGCGCUAUGUCAGACGUUCCUGUUUUCCCAACAUCGAGCUUGCAACCGUUCGACUGGGAGAAAGCUCGAAAAAUGUGAAAUUCAUCUUAAAAGCAACGCGAGACAUAAUGGCUGGAGAAGAAUUGCAACUAGGUUGGGAAUGGGACUUACGACACCCCGUACUGUCAAUCAUCAAUGGCAGUCAUACUGUUGAGUCCCUUCCAGAUCCUGACAAGUACAUGCUCAUUCAUUCAGUUGAUACCAUCCUAGGAAGCUGCGAGUGUGCAUGUGGCUCUAACAACAAAGAUUGUGAACUACAAAAAGUCCGCAAAUAUUCGCUAAAUCUCAUAAAGCUGGUAAAAUCCAAAAUGAACAAUAGAUACAAGUUGAAUGAGAUUCUAAAUCGAGCGCAGAAGGGGAGAGGACAGACUCCAAUUUUGUCCAGGAUGGCGCGUGAGGCAAUAAGCAGCGCCGCGAGAGCAAGUGAAAUUUUGGCUGAUUUCCAAUCCGUUCAGAUGAGAAUCUCUGGGAAAGAUCAAAAUUCAUCUCGCGUUCAAAAAAGAACCAGAGAACACGGCAUCCAGAGAAGCACCAGGAAAUUGAGCUUGUUGGAAAGGCACCUGGAGAAAGAGCGACAAACCGGCAUAGCAAUACCCCACCAAAUAGCAUCCUCAGUGACAGUGAUAACGAAUCCUGCUGAUUUUGACGAAUCACGUGUGACGGAUCUGAAGGCUUUACCAAUUCCUGUGGAAAUCGAUAUUUCAAGCAUGGGCCCGGUGAUUCCUCACAUGGAUAGAGAGGUUUACCCUGUCGGAAUCAAGCAGCAAGCGUCGAGCGAGAAAUUGUUUGUCGGAGCUGCUGCUACGGUAGGUGAUUCAAGUCUUCUUGGGAAUCUUACUGCCACUGCUCCUCAGCGUGCACCAAAGAAAAAGCUAAGUUUCGCGGAUUAUAAGAAAAAACAGAAGCCGCUGUAA